GUGAAAGCAGACAUUAUAUUCCAUUUUACAAAAUUAAUUUUCAUUCUAAACAACCUUGGCAUCUGAUCGCGAUUCGCAAAGUUGUGUUGCAGUGUAAGCACUUUUGUUUUGACUUCUUCAGUCCAUAACAGGUGCGUUAGGGUUUGCAAAUUUUCAAUUCCCUCAUACUCACAACCUCCAAAUGUCGCAACUUCCAAUUCCAAUCCUAAUUUAACCAUUUCCAAGCAAUACUACAUUGUCUCACAGUUCCACCGUAGCGCAAUGAUUAAGAUUUCCAACCAUAGAAAUUUUCUACUACUCAAAUGCGCAUCGUUCGCCAAAAUGUUAAGCACAAGCGAACCGAUUCCGGAUUUUGCAGAAGUAACAGAAACUGUGUGCAAGGUUAUGAUGUCCUCUCCUGCGGUCACACUUGACACUGCUCUUAACCAAACAGGGGUUAGGGUUUCUCCUGAAUUAGUGGAAACUGUUCUCAAGAGGUUCGAGAAUGCGGGGAUGUCGGCGUUUCGGUUCUUCGAAUGGGCUGAGAAUCAGCGAAACUACUCGCAUUCGGUGAGGGCUUAUCACUUGAUGAUUGAGUCUUUGGCAAAGAUUAGGCAGUAUCAGAUUGUGUGGGACCUUGUUAAUUCAAUGAGGAAAAAGGGUAUGGUAAAUGUUGAAACUUUUUGUAUUAUCAUGAGAAAAUAUGCUAGGGCUCAUAAGGUUGAUGAAGCUGUUUAUACUUUUAAUGUAAUGGAUAAAUAUGAUACGCCGCAGAAUCUGGCUGCUUUUAAUGGGUUGUUGAGUGCUUUGUGUAAGUCUAGGAAUGUGAGGAAGGCUCAGGAGAUUUUUGAUAGUAUGAAGGGACGGUUUGAACCGGAUUCGAAGACUUAUAGUAUAUUGCUUGAAGGGUGGGGAAAGGAACCGAAUCUUCCGAAAGCAAGAGAGGUUUUUGGGGAGAUGGUUUCUGCAGGGUGUAAUCCUGAUAUUGUUACUUAUGGUAUAAUGGUUGAUGUUCUUUGCAAGGCAGGACGGGUUGAUGAAGCGGUCGAGGUUGUCAAGGAUAUGGAUGAUAAUAAUUGCAGGCCGACGUCGUUUAUUUAUAGUGUGCUUGUUCAUACUUAUGGAGUGGAGAAUCGGAUUGAGGAUGCUAUUGAUACAUUCAUGGAGAUGGAAAGGAAUGGAAUCAAGGCAGAUGUUGUGGUGUAUAAUGCACUGAUUGGUGCUUUUUGCAAGGCAAACAAAUUAAAAAAUGUGCAUAGGGUGUUACGAGAGAUGGAAAGUAAUGGUAUUGCUCCAAAUUCAAGGACCUGCAAUGUUAUCAUGAGCAGUUUGAUUAGCCAAGGAGAGACUGAUAAAGCUUUUAGUGUUUUUCGCCGGAUGAUCAAGCUGUGUGAACCUGAUGCGGAUACGUAUACAAUGCUGAUAAAGAUGUUUUGUGAGAAGAAUGAAGUGGAUAUGGCUUUGAAAAUAUGGAGGUAUAUGAAGUCGAAACAGUUUGUCCCAAGCUUGCACACUUUUUCAGCCCUUAUCAAUGGACUGUGUCAAAAGGGCAAUGUUGUGAAAGCGUGUGUUUUGCUGGAAGAGAUGAUAGAGAAAGGAAUUCGACCGUCACGAAUUACGUUUGCGAAGUUAAGACAGUUACUUAUAAAGGAAGGGAGAGAAGAUGUGCUCAAAUUUUUGCAUGAGAAAAUUAAUCUUCUAGUUAAGGAACCUUUGUAUGAUUAAACCAUGGAAGGCUGCUCGCAAUUGGAGUGCAGAAAAAUCUACGAGCACUAGCUGUGUCUCUUAAGUAAGAACUGCAUCUCUGGAGGCAUAUCGGAUGUUUAAAGCAGGUGCUGUUGGAGAGAUACAAAGUCUAUGCACUCAGAGAGCUGGUGUGAUAGUGGUUGUUGGGGAUAACAACUUACAAGAUGUAUGUGUAAUUUUUCUCCAGGUAACAAGAGGAAAAAAGACCAAGUUUUUUUAAUCAUUUUUUUGUUGCAUUGCAAGAAUCAUAAGGUCAUUGUAAGAUGAUCAUGUUCCUGAGUUUCGGUCGAAUUUUUGUGAUCGACAAACACAAGGAGGAACCCAUGAUAGAACUCCAUUAAAUGCAUGCUCAGAUUCUUUUUGUUGUUUGUAAUCACAUCAAUUACCGGCUGUUUGAUUUCCUAUGGGGUGGAUUCAGUGACUUGCAAUACGAUAGAAGGCAAAAAUGCACAUGUAGAGAGUGACAUGGCCAUUGGUAUGUUUUUUUAGGGGAUUGCUUGUUACACACCUUUUAGGGGAUUUCCUAUGAAUUUUUAAAAUUACCCCUUUUGCUUCAUCUAGAUAUUACUAUCUGGAUAUUAAAAUCCAGACAUACUUAUCUGGUCAUUUUCUGUUUGAGUUAAUGUAUUGGGUACAUUCGGAUUUUACUAUCCGAACGAAGCGAAAGAGAUAAUUUUAGUAAUUCACAAGGUUUGGAAGAAACAUUAAAGGUGUAAUGAGUUAUCCCAUUUUUGUUAACAAAUUGAUAUGCCUAACUUACUUUUGCAUAAGAGAAACUAGAAAAGGGAGGGAUUAGGAAAGGAAACUAUUGGACUUGAGGCUCAAAGCAGGAAAGGAAGAAGAGGGACAAGGGCAGGAAAGGAAGAAGAGCAAAGAAGAUAGAGGAGCACACAUAACUGAAUGGACACAAAGUCCAAGGAGAGUGAAGCAAAGUACAAGGGUGUGGAGAAUUUCCACGUGGUCAAAGGUUUAGGGCUGAAUGAGGAUGCUGUUCUCUACCAGUUUAUUGUUGAUUUUCAUCUUUUCAUUUGUUCAUCUUGCAAGGAACCAAACUCCAUCCAUACCAUUGUCAUACUUUUUCUCCUUUUACUUGUAUACAUUUCUUUUUUGAGAUACUUUACUUGUAUGCAUUACAUAUUGUAAGAAAGGGAAUCAUCCUCUGUUCUAAAAUAAAUUCAAUACAAUUUUAUA